AUGACUACCGAUAUAUGGAUAGAGAAAUAUCGUCCCAGCUCUCUGAGCGACGUGCUCGGUAACCCCGAGAUCACGCGCCGUCUCGAGAUAAUCGCAAAGGAAGGCAACAUGCCUAACCUCCUGCUCUGCGGCCCGCCUGGCACUGGGAAGACAACGUCGAUUCUGUGCCUGGCGCACGAAAUGCUGGGAGAGCACUUCAAGAACGCGGUGCUGGAGCUGAACGCGAGCGACGACAGAGGUGUGGACGUCGUGCGCGAGACGAUUAAGAACUUCGCGAAGAAGUCGGUCGUGCUGCCUGAAAACAAGCACAAGAUCAUCAUUCUCGAUGAGGUGGAUUCCAUGACCGAGGCGGCGCAGCAGGCUCUGCGCCGCAUCAUGGAGAUAUACUCCAAGACAACCCGGUUUGCGCUGGCGUGCAACCAGUCGACCAAGAUUAUCGAACCCAUCCAAAGUCGCUGCGCUGUCAUCCGCUACGGCCGGAUGAAGGACGAGAUGAUACUCAAACGCAUGGUCGACAUUUGCAAGAUGGAGCAGGUUCAGUUCACUCAGGAUGGCAUGGAGGCGCUGCUGUUCACCGCGGACGGUGACAUGCGUCGCGCGGUGAACAACCUGCAGAACGUUUCCUCGGGUUUUGAUUUGGUGACAAAAGAGAACGUGUUUAAGGUUUGUGAUGUUCCGUCGCCCGACCUGAUCCGGAAGAUGCUCCAGGAUUGUCUCAAUGGGCAGUGGCGUCCGGCACACGAGAAGGCGUUGGAACUGCUUGCGUUGGGCCAUUCUCCGCUGGACAUUGUCGUGACAAUACGUAGCGUGAUCAAGGCGUUCAAGGCACCCGAGCAUGUGCUUUUGGAGUUCAUAAAGACUGUCGCGUUGACCCACAUGACCAUGGUCGGCGGUCUUUGCAGCCAGCUGCAGCUGGAGUAG